AUGCCUCGACUUGCAGGCUUCUCCGACAACCCUUUCCAGAGCCGAUCAGAUAUGAUUAAAGCCACGCUCGCUCUUCUCCGUCCACUAAUUCCCUAUUUUUCACAGGGAAAAGGUCGAAUUGUAGUUCCAAGCGCGACGGCAGCGCACUUUGACGAGCGCGCAGCACAACUGGAGGGCUUCGCCCGGCCCCUUUGGGCUGUGGGAGCUCUACUACUAGCCCUUGACCAUGGGGUCCAGGAUGGUCUGGAAGCUGAAAUCACAGAGCUGGUACAGCCGUGGAUCGAUGGUUUCAUCUCCGGGACUGAUCCAGAGCAUGCCGACUAUUGGGGCGUCAUGAACGACAUUGACCAGCGAAUGGUGGAAGCCGAGAUUAUCUCUUUCACACUGCUUGCGGCACCAGAGCGAACCCUUGGGAAAAUGACAGACAAGCAGAGGGGAAAUGUUGCGGCCUGGCUCCGCUCACUUCACAAUCUCCCCAUGCCCAAGAACAAUUGGCGUUGGUUUCGCGUCUUUGCCAAUCUUGCCCUUGUCAAAGUCUUGGGAGAGCCACUCGGGGAUGUCCAAGACGAAAUUUCAGCAGAUAUGGACAUCCUCGACUCAUUUUAUCGACUUGAUGGGUGGUCAGCCGACGGGCCCUGGCAGAGCCGCGAACAGGCUCAGAAUGAGCUGGACGUGGCUGAGCGCACAGGAAGAAGGGAUACCGUCGGCAUCGGCCGACAAGCGGACUAUUACUCGGGAAGCUUUGCGAUACAAUUUAGUCAAUUGCUUUUCGUCCGGUUCGCGAGUGAUUUUGACCCAGCGCGGUCUUCAAGGUAUCGUACCAGAGCUCGCGACUUUGGCUCGGAGUUCUGGCGCUAUUUUGAUGCUUCAGGUCCUCUGAUCCAACAGAUUGCGCCGGACAACACCCUGGCACUCAGCAGGGAUGGGCGGGAGUCGUGGGCGAUGAAGUGGAAUCUUCCUGUUCUAGACGACGUGCCGGAAGAUGUGAAGGUGGGCUUUGAAGGGCUGAAGGAAGGUGAAGAUGAGGCCCUCAUCAUGUCCGAGGCGGGUGCCAGUGGUCUGUUUAGCUCGCUGAAAAGCGGUGUCGCCCCGUCUGAGUCCAGAGUAUCGGUCUUCAAGCCCGACUCGAACACCAAUAUCGCUUGUCAGCGUACCCUGAUGCCGCUAGCGGAUUAUGGCUUCUGUGGGGGCCUGGGCUCAGAAAAAGCCUGCGAACCAUCUCGCGCCGACGUCGCGGUCGUCAUUCUCAUGCCCGUCCCGAUUUCGUUUUCGUCCUCACUCCUCGUCACGUUCCUCGUUCUUGCUAUCGCUUGGUCCAUUAUCGUCCGCGUCCAUGACGCCGCCCUCGUUAUCACUAGCAUCUCGAGCUAG